AUGGAAGGUAGACCAAGUAUAUCCACUGAAAACAAUGAGAAAAGCCAAGAGAUACAGACGUUCCAAAAUGAGGAUGGGACUGUGAGUAGUUACUUUGAUAAGAGAAAGGUGAGGAUUGCACCUCGGUCUACGUUACAGUUUAAAAUCGGGCCAUCUUUUACACCGAAAGUUGAAUAUAAUGCAGUGAAGGAUGUGCGGACGGGGAAGAAGGUUGAGUUUGAGAUAAAGCCGAGGAUAGAUCGUGGGUUUGAUUUCAUUGAGAAUGAGUGGAUUGGGUACAAGAGGAAUUAUUUUACUGUUGUUAGUGCUUUUGAUACGCCGAAUAUGACGCUAGAGCAGUUUCUUCAGGGCAGUUAUGAAGUACGGCCUGAAAAUAGUCAUAGUCGGUUGAAGGUGCGGUAUUUUGCGGUUAAGCUUGUGGCCAAGUGUAUUGAGGAUCAGUCACAGAUUAAUUUGGUGCAGCAUACUGCGAAGCGGGAUAAAGGGCCGCAGUUUGCGCCACCGAUUCAUCCGUUGGUGCCAGCUCCGUUGCCUAAUCACCAGAUGAUUAGGGAGGCGUCGAAUGUGCGGAACGAAUCGAAGAUGAAGAAGUUUGACCAUGAUUUUUUCCUUCACCGGGAUCGCAUUCUGCAAGAUUUUGAUGAUGGGUGUAUUAUCUAUACGUAUCCGAAUGAUACGAUUAAGAAGGUUGCGAGGUAUGAAAGGAUUCAGUUUGCAUCUUCGAUUACUGUUAAAAAGCCCACACAGCAAAGCAAGCAUUUUGUUUUGCAGUUGGUUUUGGGUUGUUGUAUUGAUGGGAACCAUAUGAAUAGGGACAGCAACAGCGAAUAUUACAAUUUGGAUACAUAUGAUCAAGACGCAGAUACCACAUUCAUUCCCAUCCUGAUGAAACAAACUCCUGCGUUGAUCAUAAGAGGUCGCUCACCUUCGAACUACCCGCAGCAGAUCAAAACAUUAUCGACGAAGGAGGAGACGAUUAUUGCGGAAACGAGCAGCAGUAAUAUUAUCGUAGAGCCAAAAUUCUGCAAGAGAGGUAGAAAGAAAAAGGAAUAUGCAGAAGAAGAAGACGACGACGACGACGACGACGAACCCAUUAUAAGCGAGCGGUGCAACAACAAAAGGGAGAAAAAAUCUGACAGGAAUAGCAAGCCAAUAGAAAACCCAGAGGCCCACCUGACCUACAUCGAGGGUGUCAAGAGAAAGAUCGUGCCACUAGUCCUGCAGAGUUCCUUGACAGCUAGAGACUUGGAACUAUUACCCAAGACCUCCAUGUUGUCUGCUCUUCAUAACAGCCUAGAAGCGGAUACAACACCAUCGUUCCAUCUAUCACCUCUGAACGAUUACGACGUAGAACUCCUGUCAAUCCAGUACGAUCCUUUCAAUCUAGAAAACCACCAUCCAUACGACCAACAACCAUUAACGGAAGGCAUUCUUUUGGGCCCCCUAGAGAGCAGAAAACGAAAGUUGUCAAACAAAUCCAGUAUUUCCCUUCUUUCAGAAACGAAGCUGAAAAUCUCAAAAAAGAAUUCUACCAUGGUAGCAACUACCACGGCAGCUUCAAACUCCAGUGCCAGCAGCGUCAGUUUUUCCACCUUCCACAGUUUCGCACCCAUAUCGCGGGAAUACCAACACCAUAGCGCCACGGUCACAAACAACUUCCUCAUUAAACACAUAUCUCCUUCUCAACAGGCCCAGGGAAACAAUGAUAUUCCAAGAUCAACCCCGCAUGUUAACAACCCAAUGGAUAUCUCCUUCUGUUUAAAUAUCGAAGAGUCCCCAACAUCCAGGCAAAGGCCGUACUCUAGCAAGAGAGGAAUUGUAACUGCAGGAGGUAACAGCAAGCCGUCAGAGCUAUUGAAUUCUAGUGAUUUGCUUGAUGAACCAAGCUUCUUUCGCCAUUAG